AUGGGAUCGAAGAGCCCUGAAGGACACUGGCAGGCACCUCAUGCCUCCAACUCCAAUGAGCUCAAGCCAGCCAAUCCCGACCCUCAGACCUCUCAAAAUGGCUCGGGAUCAGCCGAUUUGGAUCGCGGAGUCAUUGGUGAUGAUGAUGAUGACGACGAGGAUGCCGAAGAAAAUGGGGUGAACACCGAGACUCCCAAUGUUGAAAAGAAGAAGAAACGCAAGAAGUCCAACAAGAAGAAGAAGAAGAAGACUAAAUCGGGAACCCUUUCGGUGACUGAGCUCAAGCAAACUAGCCCACCGCGUGUGCUGGUCUCGACUUUAUUCCCUUCAGAGUAUCCAGUAGGAGAACUCGUCCCAUACGACUGUACGACGCGCACGACCGAUGAAGAGUCGCGCUACAACUCGCGUCUUUGGGACGACGACUUCCUCCCCGAUUACCGCCAGGCUGCCGAAAUCCAUCGCCAGGUCCGCCAAUAUGCGCAGAAAGAGCUUAUCAAGCCGGGAGCAACUCUCCUAUCGAUUGCCGAGGGUAUUGAAGAUGGUGUUCGUGCGCUUUCCGGCCACCAGGGACUUGAACCUGGAGACUUCUUCAAAGCCGGCAUGGGCUUCCCCACUGGCUUAUGCUUGAAUCACAUUGCCGCUCAUUGGACCCCAAAUCCACGUGAGAAAGACGUCAUCCUGGACAAGGGUGAUGUCCUCAAGGUAGACUUUGGUGUGCAUGUGAAUGGUCGCAUUGUGGAUUCGGCAUUUACCGUCGCUUUUGACGACAAGUACGAUAAUCUUCUUACUGCAGUGAGGGAGGCAACGAAUACCGGUAUCAAGCAUGCUGGUGUUGAUGCAAGGAUGAGUGAUAUUGGCGCCGCGAUCCAGGAGGUGAUGGAGAGCUACGAAGUCGAAAUUGACGGAAAAGUCUUCCCGGUCAAGGCUAUCCGCAACAUCACUGGCCACGAUAUUCUCCGGUACCAUAUCCAUGGCGGAAAACAGAUCCCCUUUAUCAAGAACAAUAACCAGGACAAGAUGGAAGAGGGAGAAGUAUAUGCCAUUGAGACUUUUGGAAGUACUGGCAGAGGAUUCCUCGACGAUGAUGUCGGAGUCUACGGCUACGGGAGAAACGAGAACAUGUCUGGUGCCAAUCUGCGUCUUUCCUCGGCCAAGUCACUCCUCAAAACCAUCGACGCCAAUUUUGGCAGCAUCGUCUUUUCUCGCCGGUAUCUCGAGCGUCUUGGGGUGAAGAACUAUCUUCUUGGGAUGAAGAAUCUGGUCGACAACGGCAUCGUUGAAUGCUAUUCGCCGCUUGUUGACGUGAAGGGUUCCUACACGGCCCAGUUCGAGCAUACGAUUCUCCUCCACAGCGGUGGGAAAGAAGUCAUCAGCCGUGGUGAUGACUAUUAA